AUGCAUAAUCAAUGCUCUGCCCCUAACUGUACUAGUUCAAAAUCGGACUUGUAUUCACUAUUUAGAUUUCCACUUGAUGCAGAGAGGUCAAAAAUAUGGGUAGAAAAAUGCCAGAGGGAGGACCUUAAGGACAAAUCACCAGAACAUCUCUUCAGAUACUACAGACUUUGUGCAAAGCAUUUUGAAAAUUGUGAUGAUGCUAGUGAUCCAGUUACAGUGUUAAAGGAUGAUGCUGUACCAACAAUCUUUGAUGAACCAAACAAGCUCCCGCAAGUGAAGCGCAGUAAAGAGACGGAUGAAGACCAAAAGACAAAUGGAAGAAAAAAAGUCAAAAGCUCUCCACCUGAAGUGGACAUGGACAAGUCAAAGAUGGCUCCAGAAGAUUUAUACAAAGACUAUCUCAGGUCGUUAUUUGAAUCGCUUGUUCUGCUGGGAGAGCAGAACAUUCCUGUGUCCAGGCCCAAAAGUCUUGAACAGGACUGUACCGGAUUAGAUAACUUUAAGGCAUUACUAGAAUAUCGCAUAAAUUGUGGAGAUGAAGGGAUGAAAAAAUAUUGCGCAAGUACAGAAGUCUUUCCGUCACUUCAGCUUGAACAGCUGAUUAAAGUGUGCGAGAGAUGCGUCCGGAGUAAGGUGAUGAAGGAAGUGAAAGAAAAUGGAUUUUUCUCACUCAUUACUGAUGAGCUGGUGAAGAUUUCGGAUGAAUGGUACCUCCCUGUAUUUCUGCGUUAUGUGAAUGACUCAAACUACCAGCGUGAGAGGUUUGUGGGCUUCUUGUCUUUUGACGGAGAUGCAGAUGUUUUGUCGGAGAAACUACUUUCUGAAAUGAUCAAUGACUGGGGGUUGAACAUGGAGCAAUGUAGAGGCCAGGCACACUCGUGCUCUGGUAUACAUUACGCUAAAAUAAAAGCAUUUGCCAGCAGAGUGUUGGAGAAGUAUCCAAUGGCCAUGCUCACGGUUCGACCCACUCACGCUUUGAACAUAUCACUUGCCAAUAGUAUGGCUUUAUCAGGGGUCCAGCUUGUCAUGUUUACGUUGCAGAAAAUCGAGUCUUUCUUCAAUCAGUCUCCUUUACUUCGUAUGGAGUUGGAGCAUGCCAUCUCAGUUAUUCAUCCUGACAAGGAAGAUAAGGCUAAAGAACUGAAGGAGGCUUGUUCCACAAGUUGGACCAAAAGACACGAUGCAUUCGAGGUGACACUGGAGCUUCUUGAAGCGUUGCUGCUUUGUGUGGACAGCGUACAUGACAAUGAAGACUUGCGAUGGAGUGAUCAGAUCACAUACGAUGCCUUGGAGAUCUCCAAAGCUCUUUCCGACUUUGAGUUCAUUAUGGCCUUGGUUGUGCUGAAAAACACCAUGAUACUUUUAAGGGCGUUUGGCAAGAACAUUCAAGGAGACGCAACCGAUACCUAUUUUGCAGCUGGCAGUUUAAAAGCAGUGUUGCACUCUCUGACGGAAGUGUCUGACAAUAUUGACGUGUACCAUGAGUUCUGGACUGAGGAGGCAGUUAACCUCUCUUCCUCGAUGGAGAUCCCUGUAGAAUUUCCCCGGUCGCUCUUGAGAAAGCAUCAGUCAGAGUUGGGAGCCCUUCAGCCAGAGAAUUACUACAAGGAGCACCUGACUGUUCCUUUGGUGAAGCAUACACUUAAAGAAGUCUCAGAACUUUUCAAUGAUGAGCAUCUGAAAGCACUAAGAUGUUUGUCACUGGUCCCUGCUGUAAUACUACAAAACAAGCCUUCUCAGCCUGAUGAAGAAAACAUGUUAAUGUAUAAAAAUGACAUCCCUAAUGCAGGUUCCCUUAGCGCUGAGCUGCAUUGUUGGUGGGUUAAAUGGAAUAAAAAAGGGAAAGUUGAUUUAUUGAUAUCCAGUCUCCAGGAAACACUGCAGCAAGCUGAUGUUAAGUUCUUCCCAAAUAUGCUAGCAGUCCUGAGACUAUUGGGAGUCCUGCCUACUUUUGCUCUGGAUAGUACAUGUGAUGUGGCGUACAAGCGCUUCAAGAUGUAUAUGCAAAACACCCCGGAUGCUGCUAAAUCAAAGAGCCUGGCUCUUCUAAACAUAAACAGUGAUGUGGGAUAUGAUUUGGAUUCAAUGGUUGACAUCUACAUGAAAACAUACCCAAGUGUUGAAGAUGCUUCAUAG